AUGGAUACCUCAAUUGCUUCUGAGGAUACCCGAGCUGGGGGACGCUCCCGUCGUGUCUCGCUCCCGCCUGCGUACCUGCGAGCGUCAUACCAGUUGACGAUGCCGCGAGGUCGACUGUCCAACGGGAACCGUGGGGCGCCCUUACCCAAGAGCCUGAGCUUCCGCAAGAAGGGGAAGGAGGUGGUGCAGCCAGAGGAAGAUGACGGCACUGGGGCGGAGAGUGCAGAUUCGUCCGAGCGCAGCGAGGAUGAGGACGAGGAAGGCGGAGACACGUCGGCAUCAGGAUCAGGCGAAGAAUCAGCCGAGCCCGCUAAGGGGGGGAAGACGGACGACGAUGGGCGUGCGGGACCAUCCGCGGCCAACGCUGACACUCGCGCUAAUCACGACGUGGACGGACUGGUGGGACCCACACGCUGGGACACAGUGGACGCCAACAGCGAUGACGUGCGCAUACCGAGCCGUAUCCUCGAGCAACUCAUUCAGGCUCAGGACAAGAGCGCCAAGGAGAACGCGCGGUUGGAGGCGCUGUUCUUGAAUGCGAUGUCUCGGCCGUCCAGCGGCUCUCAUAAGCGUAAGGCGACCAGGCAGAGAGACCCGGGGCAGGGUUGUAUGAACCCGAAGCGUAAGCGUGGCGAGACGUGGAGUGGCGGGUCAGACGAUGACGGCGAGGACGACGAUGACGACACACAUGGAUCUGGUGGCCGUCAUAUGCGCACGGCCAAGUCUCCUAUUCUGCAGCGCGCCUUGGAGCAUUUGCCUGCGGACAAGGCGUGGAAGCGGGUGUGCGAGCUGGCCAGGGUGCACAUGUUUCUCAACAGGCCGACGUCGAUGAUGACCUUCUACCCGAGCAGCGACGACAAGACACACGGGGUGUGUGCGGUGCUGGACCGCCUGCCGCAUAGCUUCGCCUACCGGGAUGGCAUGCCGUUCGCCUCUCGGGCGUUCGCGACAUGUGCGAAGGCUGCAUUCAGGCCCAAGAAGGCCGGCCUGGUGAUGACGCUGAAGGUGUACCACCUGGCCUGGUUGGAGCAUGUGGUCUCCGACUGCGUCCUCUACUGGGAGCAGAGGAAAGGCCGGCUUUCCAACUCGGCCGGCGGAAACGCCCACGUUGUGGACGGCCUCAAGGUCCUGGUUAAGGAGGCCGUGGAGAGGGCGAUCAGGAUCCGCAACCCGGAGUAUGACGCGGAGCGGGAGGCGUGGAUCUGGGGGCGCCAUGGCCUGCGCAUCUCUGCGUGCGGCCUGGAGCACAUGAGGCCCGCCGGCGCAGCCCAGCCGGAGGAGCCAGUGGGGGACGACGACCUUUCGGCAUCCGUGGGGGAUGAGUAG